CUCGCAGUUGUCGGGGGGAGCGCAGCGCUGUAGCAUUGCGAGCCCAGCCGCUGUUAUGAUCCGAAAUUAAGAAAUGAUCAAUACCGCCGUCGCUCUAAUUAAAUAGCGCGCUCCGCAUUCGGCGGAAACAAAUGCGCCAAGCAGCCGCCAAAAAUACGCACGUACGAUGCGCAUCAGGCACCUGCUCUUGGGCACAACGACGCUGCUCGAAAUCUAUCGUGUCCACAGUCAUUGCAUCGAUAUACAUUCCCGAAUUGUCUCGCAAGGACUGCAUUACGUCCCUGGCGGGACAAAUCCUUGCACGCUCUGCAUUUGUGAUAAGGGUGGUCCAAAAUGGUGCAAGUCUGUGUUGUGCUCACCACCCCAAAAUUGCAAAUCGUUUCAAGUUGGGAGUUCUUGCUGUGAAUUCAAGUGUUUAGACGAUAUCCUUUCGUCGCACGACAAUUACAAAGACACUUAUGAUGUUGCGCUGCGUUUCAUAGCCACCACCGUCACCGCUGUUCUGUCAAUAUCCCUCUUGUUCUUUUUAUACAAUCGCCUUAAGAGGAACAAAUCACUCCAGCAUCAUAAUCAUCAGCAUGAGGAGCAAAGAAAUCUCAGUAAUGUGGGGUAUAUUGCUGGGAACUUUGGCUACAAUCAACAUAACAUGGGGUAUUUGGGUUCGGGUAAUAACGAAAUAGAAAUACGAUAUGAAGAGACCAGUACCAAUUUUUCGCUCUGGAAACCCCCAGGGAAUUAUUUCCCGCCUGGUGAAGCGCCUCCACCAUACGAGGAGGCGAUGCGCGGUGUUCAGCAUGACCUUACUCACAAUAUCCACAAUAACCACGCACAAUACCUAAUCAACUCCAUUACCUCCUCAUACCCGCAAGAAAUCACGCCUGCGUACAUACAAUGCCGACAUGAAGACACUCCUUCCUCAACGGGCACCUCAACUGCAAUGCCCAUGCAAAUUCCAACGGUAGCAAACACCAGCACGGCUGAAAUCCCAAAUAUCUCCAGCAACACGCAUCAGUACGUGAAUGUACGUGUGCAGGUCCAACAUAAUGAUCAUAAAAAACACGAACGCGCUAACAACCAACAACACCAACAUCAUCCGCCGCCACAUCCACACCCACAUAAGUCCGAAGCAUCAUAUGAGAAUGUAACAGCGCUUAAGGGUAAUGGUAGUACAUCAGGCGUAGCGCACGAUCGCCCAACAAGCUCAGGUUUGACGAAAUCCGCUUAUCAUAAAAGCCGAAGUCGGUCCCAGGUGAUCCUUGCGGAUAAUGCGAAAGUAGCUCAUAGCAACUCAUCGGCGAGUUCGUCCACCAUGCCGGACACCUACGAAUUGGUCCCGCACGUGCCAACUCUGCUCGGCGGCUCGCAGGCUGCGUCACCGUACAGUCGCUACAUGAACGACGCGUACAAUAAAAUCAAACUACACGAUCAAUACGCUUCUCGGUCGGACCCGAAGAAGAGCAUGCAUCGCACGCUGCCAAAAAACCUGCGCGAGUUGUUAUCAAAUCCGGACGGGUUUAAGAUCGGCACCACCUUGAGCAGUCACCAGUUGCAUCAGGCUGAACGUGUGUUGAUGACUGAAGCGCCUAAAGUCACGUUCAGCUCAACUCCGAAAAUAGAGAAAGUAAAACCGCCACCGCCAUUGUCUCAACAGCAACAACCCAUUGUGGUGCCUGUUAUUGAGGUGCCCAAAUCAAUUGAGAAAGCGAAAGAUGUUCCUGUGAAGAGUUUGCUUACUUACCAGAGUUUAUCACAGGAUGAAGAGGAUUACAGGAGUGAGUGUGAAAAUUGUAAAACAGCGAAUGUUUCCGGCGCGGAUGAUGAUGGCGAGGCGAUGAAUGAAACAAUGUCGCUGCAGCGACGUCCACUCUCCGAAUCCGGUUAUGAAUUGUCUUAUCGCACGUCUUUAACGUUACCAACACAUUCCAGAAAACAAAGAACUUAUCCAUGCGCGUCGAAUACCAGAGAAAAAUGGUUCACAUCGAUGCAGCAGACAAGCAGCGAGGAGUCGGAUUAGCACACGCGCGCGUAUAUACCAAAACAAAGUACAAAAAAAUGUUAUGAUUUCGUGCCCGAGCGAGCCAAGUGAGUAUUUUAUCGGACAACUUGACAUUCAACUGUUUUGUGAUAAUUAUUUAUACGUAUAUGAAUAUGAAUAUGCUUCCACGUGGUAUCAUCCAUAGCCAGUUGAUCUAUUGACCCGGCGAAUCAAAUAAUUUACGAAUAUUUUCAUUGUGAUAUUUUACGAAUCGGUUUUUUCUAUGGACUUUUGUUUCACUUUGCACAAUCGCAUGGCGGCGAUGAUAAUAUUACUAUAAAAGUUCGUGGAUAGUAAAACAGCAAACGUGUUCAAUCGACCUGAUUUAGCAUGUAAUUAAGAUUUAAACAAGCAAAGCAUUUGUGUAAAAUUACAUCCUUCGGGAUUCGAUUGAUUGAUGUGUUUUGUACGAAUGGCGUAGUAGAAUGUAAAUGUGGUUUUAGUGAUAUAACAUGUGUAUGCAAGGUGGAAAUAAUUUAGUGAACACACGUACGGAAAUAAAAUCGUUUUAUAUGAAUCCGUUAACGUUUCAAUACAAUUCCUUAGCGUUAAAAUGUACAGAAUAGAUAUAAAAAGUGACAUAAAUAGAAAAGCCAAUGAGCCACGAUGCCCAUGCGGAUUAACUUAUAAGUUUUAUAAAAUUAUUUAGGUAUUUAAAAGCCCAGCGGGUUUUUCUGGACGAUUCCGAGCUCCUUGCAGACGUUUUUCGAAAUCGCGGACAUUUUGGUGUAGUUGACGAGCGUCUUUCCAGUGGAUACUGCUUUGAGGUUCCGAGCGACGCGUUCAGAUGCCUGCAGACACCAGGAUUCCGUCAUCAGUUUCUCAUGUUCGGCAGAGGGAAUCUUCUCAUUCAGGGACUUUGUGCAUCUGGAUAGGACUGCAGCGCUUGUGGUGAGGUCAAUUGCGGCAUCAGCGAGUCGGUUGAGAAUGAAUUGUUCAUCGACGAUGUUCUUGCCGUAUUUAAUCAGGACCAUCUCGACUGAUUGACCAAAAGCAUCCACACCCUUGGCAAUCAUAUUGGCUGACUGGGCAAGGUCCUUGUGCACCAAAUGAUCCAUCGCUGGCGGUGUGGCGAGACCAACCGAGCGGACCACUCUCUUGGAUGCCUCUUCAAAAAUGAGUCCUAGAUUCGCCGUGGGAUUCCUGAAGGCGUUUUGCAGUUCUUUCAAAUGCGCGCCGGCGUAUUGAAUACCGGUAAGUGCAACAAACAAUCGUAAAAUGUCGUUGGUGCCUUCAAAGAUGCGGAAAAUACGCAGAUCUCUUAAAAUGCGCUCCAGGCCAGUUUCUUUCAUGAAACCCAUGCCUCCCAUGAUUUGAAUAGCUUCAUCGCACACAUACCAUGCGGCUUCCGAAGCGAAAAUCUUUGAUACAGCGGCUUCAAGAUGGUAAUGUUCUGAUCCACUGUCCAUGUUGCCAGAAAUCAUGUAAGCCAUAGACUCGGUAACAUAGUGCAGCGUGGACAUUGUGGCGAUCUUUUCCUGAAUGCUGCCGAAAGUAUCAAUUUUUUUACCGAAUUGAAGACGGUUUGUGGCGAAUUCCACGGCUUUGGCUGUACAUGUGCGCAUUGUACCGGAAAGCGCAGCAGACAUACCAAAUCGGCCGUUGUUUAAAAUGUUCAUCGCUACUUUGAAGCCGUUACCCACGCCGCCGAGGACAUUUUCAAUGGGGAUUUUCACAUUGUCAUAGUAUACUUCUGCUGUGUUGGACGCUUUGAUGCCCAUCUUUUUCUCAGGGGCACCGUUGGUCACACCACCAAAACUGCGCUGGACAAUAAACGCGGUGACUUUAUCUCUGGUUUCGCCUGUUUUAGGGUCUUUGAUCGGAGUUUGGGCGAAAACAGUCAUUACUUCAGCAAGUCCUCCGUUACUGAUCCAGAUUUUCGAUCCGUUCAGGAUGUAAUGCUUGCCGUCAUCGGACAAAACAGCGCGGGAUCUGAUCGAACCAGCAUCCGAACCGGAGGAGGGUUCCGUCAGGCAGAAAGCAGCGUAGUGUUUGCCUGUCGACACCAUCGGGAGGUACUUCUUCUUUUGUUCGUCUGUGCCGUAGAGCAGGAUUCCUUUGAAGCCGAUAGAUUGAUGCGCACCAAGGGUAAUACCAACGCCCAUGUCAUGCAUGCCGACGAUCUCCACCAGGCGCGAAUAUUGUGUAUUCAUCAGUCCAAGACCGCCAAGUUCUUGCGGGACCUGAAUACCGAACGCUCCCAUAUCCCACAGCGCUUCCAGGCAUUUAUCUUCAACUUUUUCAAGUGCAUCAUUCUUUGCUGGGUCAUUUACUUCCU